GGCAUAACUGUCUAUCAGAGUCAAAACAAAAUAAUGAAAUUCCUUCUGUUCGCGGUCAUCCUAGUUUCUGUUUUUGACUUUGCAUUCCUUGCAAGCAAAUGGGACUCAAAAAAGAAAUCUGUCAGAUGUGAAAAGGCGCGUAAUUUUGUGGAAAAAUUGAAUGGGGGAGAGAUUGGUGAUGGGACUUGGACUGCAAAAUACAAUCACCGUUUUGCUGCAAUGCCUCCAACCCAAAGAAAGAAAAUGCAAGGACUUAACGGCCCCGUAGACGGAUCUUUACCUCGUCCAUACAAUUUAACACAUAUUGCUGAAGAUAAAACAAAUAAAAAUUCUUCCAAAAAUCGUUCAAAACGUUCUGCUGAUCAAUGUACUUACUACUACGAAUUCGAUUCACGCACUCAAUGGCCACAAUGUGCUAAAAUAAUUGAUAAUAUUAGGGACCAAUCAACCUGUGGGGAUUGUUGGGCAGUAGCUAGUGGGUCUGCUUUUACUGAUCGUUAUUGUAUUGAGAGAGCAAAGUUGGGAUUAUAUACAUCUCCAUAUAAUCCAAGAAAUCAAUUCUCUGAAUCAGAUUUGAUGAGUUGUACGCCAAAUACUUUUGGAUGCAGCGGUGGAUGGCCUCUCUAUGCCUGGCAGUACAUGCAAACUAAUGGUAUUGUUACUGGCUCUAACUAUACCCAAUACACUGGAUGCAAACCUUAUCCAUUUCCCCCAAUCGGAACUGAAACAUAUAAAGCUCCUGGAUGUUCUCCUUAUUGUACAAAUACUAACUGGCAAAAUAAUUAUAGAAAUGAUAAAAAAUAUGCUACUUGGGCAGCAGGUCUAACAGGAUCUACAGGCCAAGAAGUUGUAGAUGCAAUUAAAGCUGAAAUCCAAACUAACGGUACUGUUGUUGGGACAAUGUAUGUCUACUCAGAUUUCUACCAUUACAGUCAAGGAGUUUACAAACAUACAACCGGUGAAUAUGAUGGAGGGCAUGCAAUAAGACUUAUUGGAUGGGGAACACAAACAUGUGAUGGUGUUGAUCAACCCUUCUGGAUUGCUAUAAAUUCGUGGAAUGUUGAAUGGGGAAUGAAAGGAACUUUUUUGAUUGCUCAAGGAAAUGAUGAGUGUCAUAUUGAAAGUAUGGGCAUUUCUUUUGGGACACCGAGAAUUUAAAUUAAUAAGAAGGAAU